GGCUUGGAAUCGCUAGUGGCCAACUUCCCUGAAAAAAAGCGUCCGACAUUCCGCAAUAACGCACACGAGCCGAUCAAGUUUCCGUUCCUCUUGGCCGAACAGGAACACCAUGCCACCAAGCCAGAUGUGGUUGCUUCGCUUCCUGGCCACUCGCUGGAAGGAAAAGAGGACCGUUGGCGAAGCAUCUCUGUCGUGUUCGAGGCCAAAGGCAGCAGUGGUGACGAUCCGAUGCGAUACGUAUCAACGAAGAACGAUGAGACUCUGGUUCAGCUCUCGAAGAGUGCGCGGAAUAUCCUCGUCUCCCAGAGCAGGCUGUUUGCCUUCGGUGUUGGUAUCUACGGAUCCCAGGCGCGCAUCUUUCGGUUCGACCACGCGGGGGCUGUCUGCACAACGCCGUUCAAUUACGGAGCAGACAAUGGCACAAUUCUACACGACUUUCUCUGGCGUCUCGUCCACCCGGUUGACCCUCAUUGCGACAUCGUAGGGGCCGACCCUACCGUCCAGCUGGCAUCGUCGCGCCAGCGGUCUCGCUUGAAAGAUUGCCUGCAUGCUGCGGGCGUGCCUAUCAAUAGCGAGACCUCGAAAGCCUGUCGAUGGGUCACCGUCAGGGGUGCGACCACGCAACAUGUUGAGAAGUAUCUUCUCUACGAACUAGUGUUCAUCAGCCCUCGUCUCUUCUCCCGCGCCACGACCAUCUGGAAGGCUUUGCAGGUUAACAAGCACAGUCGAUACAAGUUUACGGAGAGGCACGUCAUCAUCAAGGAUGCGUGGCGGCAACUGGCGCGGAAGCCGGAGACUGAGUACUACAGGCAAAUC